UUUUGAGUGCUAUUUUUGUGAUAUAAACUUAGAAAUGUGCUAUUUUGGAGAUUUGCCCUUUAAACAAAGAAAACCGAAUUUCUGCAUAAGGAUUUCCUUCCGUUUUGCUCGAAUAUUAAUCCAAAAGAAAUUUUAGUGUCAUCUUGUAUAUCCCAAAUUUUGUCAUAUACAAAUUUUCUAGGUCAUACAUGUAUAGUGAAUAAUUUUAUUAAAUAUAUCACGACCUUUUUAUUACCAUAUAGUAACACGUAGUAAACAUUCUAUAAUUCAUUUCCUUGUAUAUGAAAAUAUAAAAUAGAUUUUAAUUUGUUUGUGUGAGAUCAAAUCUACAUGCAUUAAAGACUAAAAUUGAAUAAUUGAUUUUUCAAGAUCGUAAACUUUUAUUGGGUCCCCAUAUGUGUAUAUAUAAGUCACACCUUACACUCUCUCUAUAUAUCUCCCACACACAAAACCUAGAAUCUCUUUUUCUUAAACUUUUUUUUCUUGGUAAAGUAAAUUUUCUUUCUCUCUCAAGAUCAUUGUCUUCAUCUUUAUCUUCAUCUUCAUCUUGAAGAUGGAGCCACCGCAACAUCAUCAUCAGGCCGACCAAGAAAACGGCAACAACAACAAGUCCGGCUCUGGUAGUUAUACGUGUCGUCAAACGAGCACAAGAUGGACACCAACAACGGAGCAAAUCAGAAUCCUAAAAGAUCUUUACUACAACAACGGAGUCCGAUCACCAACGGCCGACCAGAUUCAGAAGAUCUCUGCAAGGCUGAGACAGUAUGGGAAAAUCGAGGGUAAAAACGUCUUUUACUGGUUCCAGAACCAUAAGGCUCGUGAGCGACAGAAGAAGAGAUUCAACGGCACAGUCAUGACCACGCCGACGUCUUCAUCUCCUAACUCGGUUAUGAUGGCUAGUGAUCAUUAUUAUAACCAUCAUCCUCUUCUUCACCAUCCUCAGCAAGGUGUUACCAUGCACAGACCUGCUUCAGUAAACGUUAAGCUUGACCAAGAAAAUCAUCUGCUUCAGGAAAACAGAUCAUAUCCUAGCUUCAAUAACGGUACAGGCACUGAAUGUGGUGCUCUUAAUGCGUCUUCUAAUGGCUACAUGAAUAGCCAUCUCUAUGGAUCUAUUGAACAAGAUUGUUCAAUGAGCUACAACAACGUAGGUGGAGAGUGGACAAACAUGGAUCAUAAUCAUCAUUACUCGGCUCCAGCUUACAACUUCUUCGAUAGACCAAAGCCUAUGUAUGAACUAGAAGUUCAUGAAGAAGAAGGAGACUAUGGUGGCGAUGCUUAUCUGGAACAUAGACGUACCCUUCCUCUUUUUCCUAUGCACGGUGAGGAUCACAUCAACGGCGGUGGUGGUGUCAUCUGGAAGCACGGACAAUCGGACGGUCGUGAUCGUUAUGGUAGAGGCCCUUGUGCUUCUCUAAAGCUAUGCCUGAACUCCUACGCCGCCGGCGUCACACAGGACUAAUACUUUCUUGAGCUACGUCUGAACUCCUACGCUCUUUAGCUUCAAUCGCAUAUUCGCAUGGUUGGCUCGUAUUAUGCAGUAAUAGCAGUAUCUUCCGUACUUACGUAGUUUAAUAAAUUGUAAUUACUAUCGUCUAGGUUUAACUUUACUCGAGUGUGUUUUUCUCCUUUCUUUUAUAAUGUAACACAUUGAAAUUAUAUUAAUAUGGAAUUUAAGCCUAUUUCAGUACGAUAUACACAUGGAAAUUCAAAAAAAUCCGGAGGCAUUAUGUAGGGGAAAGCCCCCAAAAUCUAGACAGUUUUUAUACAUGUAGACAGUAGCGGAUCUAGACACCAUUUUAGCCGGGGCACACUGCUGCAAAUAACAAAAACAACUUUGAAUUGAGAGGAAUUUGCCAAAACUAACCCACAAUUUGAUUUUAACCCCAAACAUAUACCUAAAUUUGAAUCAAAUGCAAAAUUAACCUAAAAACCUUGUGAAAUUACAGUCCAGCCCUUUGUGACCAAAUAAAAAAGAAUAGAUUGUCAUACGUAUUUUUCUCA